AUGAAAAUGGCACAGAGUCGAUUGGAAGCUGGGACCCUUGCACGGGUGCAUGGCCUGCGAACGGUGGCGGAGUUGAAUGGAAGCACGGUUCACUUGCAUAAAUGGGACGUCGUGGCGCAGCGCUGGAUCGUCAGCUUGCAAGAUGGAUCUGUGAAGUCCAUUCGUCCACAGAACUUGUUGAGACUACCCUCCUCUCGAGCAAGUUUUUCAAGUCCUCCAGCACAUACAGAGGCAACAGGAGACGCUUCGCAGUCUGGAGCACAAUUUGACCGUGAGGAGCUGAAGAGCUUAGCUCGUCAGAUGCUCACGGACUGCGAGGCAGACCAGGUCCUUGAUGCUUUAAGUACAGAAGAGCUGCUGGAGCUGGUGCAAACCUUGCAGACAGACGCGUCGGGUGGCUACCCGCGUGGGGAAGAGACUCAGCCCGCCGCAAGUGCAGCAAACACACAGGCCACAAGCAUGUCACCAGAAAGGGGAGGUUUUCAAGAGCGCUUGGAACAUUUGGAGCUGGAAGAAGCUCGUGUCAAGUCGCUUGUGGAGGCCCAAUCCAAACUAGCCAAAGAGCUCGAAGCGCGAGAGGAAGCCUUGCGACUUGCAGAAGAGCGCUUGGAACAACGUCGGGCAGAACCCCCAGAGGCAGUUGCAGUGAAGAUCCCCUUUGUCAUAUCUGACGAGGAAUCCCCCGCAUUGAAGGCGGAACGUGCUGAGCUUCAAAGACUCCGUGACGAGGUUGAAGCAACUGCCAGGGAGAUGGAAGCAAGACAGCAAGCUGCCAAGCAGCAAGCCAAAAACUUCGAAGAGCGGGAGUUGCAGCUUCUAGAGGAGGAGUCGGCGCAAUUGCAUGCUGCGUCCGCGUUGAAGGAAGAAGAGGCCCGCUUGGAAAUGCAACGACGCAGCCUUGGGAUGCUGCAACAGGCUCUUCUCAAAGGAGCCAGUGAGGCCAAAGGGCCUGCAACUGGCGUGACCACUGAGCACUCGCUUGAUGACGAGACAUUUAACCAGCACGAAGAGACCGCAGCAGGAGCCAGCAGCGGUGGAGAUGACGAGGUCUGGGAGUUGGAUUGGAGCAGUGCUUUUUGA